CAGUCAUUUUGCCAUCAGUUUCACGCAGAUUUUCGGAGGUGAACCACCUAAAGAAGUUUCGAGGGGAAAGUAUCAGUUAAAAAGUCCGGAAAAUUCAGUGAAAACUGCAAGAAAAGUUCUGUGCGUGGGAAGUUCUUCAGUGAAAUGAAAAGUGGUGCAUUGUUGGUGAGAUUCGUGGCCUCACCUGCGUGCCGAAGGAAUUUCGCUUCCAUUCAACUUUCACCCCACUCGGCGCCUCCACUGCAUGGAUGGCCCCUGAGGGGAAAUGGGUCAAUUUUCCGGUCUGGAAACACUUCUUGCAUGACUUUUCACACGUCAACGCGACAGAGAACACAAAACACGGAAGGCACUCCCAUUGCUGCCCGGAUCGAUAGUCGAAGAGUGGCAUUUUACGAUGUGGAGGAAAAUGGCAAGAGCCAGAGAGAAAAUGAACAGAAGAACACAGAAGAUGUCCUCUUCGAUAUGUUUCGGAAUGAAGAGACGGGGAUGCUGCCCAUUGGAAAAUUCCUCGCGGCACUCAGAACAUUUGGUAUCCGCAUGAAUGAUCCGCGAAUCAGUGAGAUGAUGGAAAAUUUGCGCAAAGUCCAUCGACUAGCCAAUUUUGAAGGUGGUAGCCCAGAGACCCAGAACUUAAAUCGCGAAACAUUCAAAGCUGUGGUGGCUGAGAAUAUCGUGCUAAUUGCCAGAGCAUUUAGACAUCAAUUCGUCAUCCCUGACUUUCAGAGUUUCUGCAAAGACAUAGAGGAGAUCUAUUGGAAAUGCAAGAGUAACAUGGAUGGCAAGGUAGCCAGCUACAUUCCCCAAUUGGCACGUGUCAAUCCCGAUUACUGGGGCGUCAGUAUCUGCACGAUCGAUGGGCAACGUUUUGGGAUCGGGGAUGUUAAUAUCCCCUUCACACUUCAGAGCUGCAGCAAGCCCCUGACUUAUGCCAUUGCCCUGGAAAAGCUUGGCCAGGAAACUGUCCACGAGUACGUUGGCCAGGAACCGAGUGGCAGAAAUUUCAACGAACUCGUUCUAGACUACAACAAAAAACCUCAUAAUCCAAUGAUAAACGCUGGAGCCAUCCUUGUUUGUUCCCUGCUGAAGACUCUGGUGAAGCCAGAUAUGACUCUGGCUGAGAAGUUUGACUACACAAUGCAGUGGUUCAAGAAGAUGUCUGGUGGUGAGAACCUUGGCUUCAACAAUGCUGUCUUCCUUUCAGAAAGGGAAGCUGCUGACCGAAACUACGCUCUGGGCUUCUAUAUGCGCGAGCAUAAAUGCUAUCCUGAUAAGACAAACCUUCGUGAGUGCAUGGACUUCUACUUCCAGUGCUGCUCAAUGGAAGCCACCUGCGACAGCAUGUCUGUUGUGGCUGCUACCCUCGCCAAUGGAGGAAUCUGUCCAGUGACCGAGGAGAAAGUCCUGCGUCCAGAAGUUGUCAGGGAUGUCCUAUCUCUGAUGCAUUCCUGCGGCAUGUACGACUAUUCAGGGCAGUUUGCUUUUAAAGUUGGCCUGCCGGCAAAGUCAGGAGUCAGUGGGGGUAUUCUCGUGGUCAUUCCCAAUGUGAUGGGCAUCUUCUGCUGGUCACCACCGCUUGAUCCUCUGGGGAACAGUUGCAGGGGACUGCAGUUCUCCGAGGAAAUUGUGUCAGCCUUCAACUUCCACCGAUAUGAUAAUCUGAAGCAUGCCACCAACAAAAAGGAUCCCCGGAGGCAUCGGUACGAAACCAAAGGACUUUCUAUCGUCAACCUGCUUUUUUCUGCUGCCAGUGGUGACGUCACAGCCCUUAGGCGGCACAAGCUUUCGGGGAUGGACGUGACCCUGGCAGAUUACGAUGGUAGGACAGCUCUGCAUCUAGCAGCAGCAGAAGGUCACAAGGACUGCGUGAUGUUUCUCCUGGAGCAGUGUGGAGUCCCUCAUGGUCCUCGGGAUCGGUGGGGCAACAUGCCAAUUGACGAGGCAGAAACCUUCGGUCACCAUGGCAUCGUGGAUUACCUCAAGUCCUGGGCUGAAAAAGUGGAGAAGCAAAGGCUUGAGGAGCAUCGCAAGAAUGGUGAUGCCGAAGAACUUCAGCGAUCUCAACAUUAAAAAGCUUCUAUCGUGUGUUGCUUCUUUUAUUUCAAAAAAACACUUAAAUUUUGCUUUGGGUGUCCUAAAAUUUGGGAGCAUUUUCUAAUCUUCUGUCCAUUCUAGGAUAUUGUACGCACAGGAAAGAAGGAUGUCCCACUGGGGGAGUACGACAAGAGUCCACAGUCGAGUCCCCUGCCUCGAGAUGAUACAGACAGUCGUGGAUCAAUGUUCUAAAAAUCUCAAUUAAAGUUCAAUUAAAUGUACUUAUGGCAUAACGAAAGACAAUAAAUUCUAUGCUGAGAUAAUGAAAA